AUGUGUUCCGAAUUGUUAGUUAAUCUUCUGAUGUCGAACCACAGUACCAUUUGCUCUGCCAGCAUUUUCACAAGCCCACAAGACCCUAAAGGUGAGAAGGGCGGGGGCGUUUUGCUCAAAUUCAUGGCGAUGGCACGCUGUACUCGAACAUUGAGUAUAUAUGUAGGCCGCUUUGAAGCCAGGCGGAGACUGUGGCACCGCUUGAGCACUGCGCUCUGCAGCGACGGUGUGAUGUAG